GACCGAGGAGAUCGGGCUCCCCCGAGGGACCUCUUGGCCGCGGCGGGAGGAAGCGGAGCCCCCUACCUCCCGUACCGCUGGAUAGAAGCCAGCGCGCAGCUGGCGCCUUCGCCGUCCCUCAAUUUACUCGUCCCGCGCCCCGGGGGCUGGACGGGGAGUGGCCGCAUUGCCCUCCCGUUGGUGCUACUUCGGGCGCGCGAGGAGAGCCCCAGGGCUGGGCGGGGCACCCACGGUUGCCGCUCCCGGCCCGACCCCAGAGCUCCUGCAGGGACUCUGGCGCGGAGAGAAGGGCCCAGCGCUGGGGAGCACCUUCUCCCGCCGUGUUUCUACUCACGGGGAGCGAGGGGCCCCAGCUACUCUCUGUGCACAAACGCCUACAGAUGUCGACUUGUUUUCGCCCUACGAAGUUGAAAUAUAUUGCUUUGUUUGGAGGAGGGCAGUUGCCCUGAAUACUGCAGGGCGUGAGUGUAGUGUUUAAUCCAUGUGCGAGGCUGUCGCGUGGGGAAGGAGGAAGGGUUUCGAAAUUGUCCAAGAACGCUAGUAUUGAAACCCCCAGGGGGAGAUUCUAGUAAUCUCUUUGGGAGUACAGAAGAAGUGUCUUCUUCAAGCAGGCCACACCGGAUGGCAUCCAAUAUCUUUGGAGCAUCAGAAAAACCUCAGAACAUUCCAAAAAGAGCUAACCCUCCAGGAGGAAAAGAAAGUGGCAUUUUUGAGGACUCUAGUUCUGCUCAGCCUCGUCCACGCUUGAAUCCACCUGGUGGGAAGACAAGCGAUAUCUUUGGGUCUCCUGUCUCUCCUGGCAUCGUGCGAGCACACCCGAACAAACCCAAGGAUCACAUUGUCUUAAAAGAAGAGGAAAUACCAAAGAAGCUAGAAGCUACAGAAAAUAUCAAACCACACCUGGAAGACGGAGGCGAGAAAAAAGCUCUGGGCAAAGAGGAGCGAUGCAAGGAGCCAGAACCCAAGAUGGACGAUCACGAGCCCCGACUAGGACCAAGGCCACGCUCGCACAACAAAGUCCUCAAUCCACCAGGGGGGAAAUCCAGCAUUGCGUUCUAUUAGGGUCAUGAUGUCACUGUCACUAAUGGAGAAACUCUUGUCUGUGGUGGUGAGGUCAGUUAAUACACACACUAUUGCUUGUGAAUAGAUUCUUAGGCAGAUGAAUGAGGGUUAUGUUAGAGUACGUAGGAAGGAUAAUCUGGUGAUUUGGGAGGAAAGGCUGGGGAGGGAAUGGGUGCCUUGUGGAAGAUGUGAGUACUGGCCUGCCUGGGUGGGUGGCAGAGCCAGACAUUAGUGUAACUUUAUGAAAAAUUAGUGCUACUUAGUGGUGAGUUCCUCAGACUGUUAGGUAAGAACAUAACUAGCUAGCUUGUGGCUCAGGACGCUCUUGUAGAAUCAGGCUUCCAUACAGUCAACACGCCAAACAUUGUGAAUGGGAAGGGGCCUGAAGGUCACACUUGGAGAUUCUGGAGUACAGCAGAUAGGCUGGGCUUUCCCCUCGGAAAUGGGAUGCAGCUUCCAGCAUGAGAUGACUUGCAGUCAUGUGACUAUAAAUAUGUUCUGCUGGAACAAGUAGUACUGACAUGGUUAAGAGUGUCUUCAGUCAUUGCUUCUUUUUCUCCUUUCUUGCUUGCAGCACAUGAUUGCUGAUACAAUGACAAAAUAUGUUGAAAGUUUCUUUUAUACUCGUAAACAAUCAUAUAUUUGUAAAGAUUAUGGUCUUCCCCUGCCUAGGUGUUCAGGUCUUUUGGAUGCUUUUAGUAAUUUGCUGAUUACUGUAACUAGUUCUUUACAUGUGGCAGUCCAACUUGCUGUUUCAUGUAGGUGCUUCUAGUUGAGUGCUUGUAUGUUUUCUGGUAAAAAUGUGGAUGCAAACAAUAGCUUUAUGGUACUCUUUGAACAGAGGCAACUUGGAAAUUUACCAUGGAGCGUAUGCUGAGGUGUCAGCCAGGUCUCUCUGACCCAGCCUUCAUAGAAAGGGCUUUCACAGGUUUUCACUUGGCUCCCUGUGGAAACCAGGACAGUUCUCCUGUCUCCACCACAAUGAAUUUCCUGUUGGUUUUGCCUGUGCUGAGUCUGUUAGUGAAUUCUCCUGUCUUGCAUCAGCCUUAUCUUUGCCUUUGACUGUCUCAGAUUUUUGUUGGGAAAACUAUGUGAGUUCUCCCCAACCUAGAGUUGUAGUUGAUUUUGCUGUAGAUUACCUUAGUUGGAAAAUCAAAGCCAGCACAAACAGAAGGUUUGUAUUACUGAAAUCUGUCAUAAAUCAUGUUUGGAAGAUGUGCAUGUUUUGCACAGAUGUUUUUGGGGGAGGAUUUGUUCUGUGAAUGGAUUUUAUUAUCAUAUCCAGAGCUUUGAUAUAUGAAUGUUAACUCUAGGUGCUUUCUGUUAAAUAUAUUGAAUACUGACCUUUUAAAUCUGACAUAUCAAAACAGGCGUUGUUCAGGUACACCAAAGAACAAGUGGCCUUAUUGUGUAUAUCCACUGCUGUUCUAGCCCACGUUCCCUGAGAACUGCUGCCAUUGAGAUGGGAUGCUGGGCCAGGUGCUAAACCUUUCUGUGAUUGUAAUGCUUCCUAGGCCGCUCAGCUCCCUUGUGUCAGCAGCUGUGGGUGAUUGCUUUAAGACUUAGCUGCCUUUUCAAAUAGUGAAACAUAUGGGAAAGUGCUAGGAUAGAAACAGCCAUGGAAAGUAGGUAUUCAAAUGCCUUUGUACCUUUCAGAUUGGUUUGGAGCUGCCUGUUAAUUUUCCCCCAGGAAAACAAGGCAGUAGUUCAAACUGCAGCCCUGGAAUGAACUUACGUUACUUCCAAAUAUGUAUUUCUUAGCCCCUCCUCCUGAGUCUGUGCUCUCCAGCCUCUGUCUGAGUCUCAGACAUGUUAGCCAUUUCAGUUCCUUGUUCCAGUACUUGACAGGAAGCUGUCAUAUAGAAAAGUCAACCAGAGGCUGCUUCCUACAUUGCAAACUCUGGUGUAGCUGAUGCUAUCUGCAAUGCCAAGCAUUUGGCAUCUUUUAUUUAGUACUAAUGUGCAUUGGCUUCAGUGCCUGUCCUUUAAAGAGCAAAUUUUAACUAGGCCUUAAAUUAGUUAAAGUAUGUUAAAUUUCUUGCAUUUCUUUCUUUGAAAUGGAAACAAUGUUUUCAGUUCUUCAAGUAAGAUUGAUCUGAGCAUUUCUCUGGGACAGAAGGGGAUUGGAAAUCAAAUGACAGAACGUGCAGUUACCAAUAAACAAGUAUUUUGUUACUU